AUGGGACCAGAUAUGUGUGGGUUUCUACAGCAGUUGCUACAGGGUCAACAAAGAGUGGAGAGUCAGUAUGCGUCCAUGCAGCAAGAUAUUCGUGAGCUUAAGCAGAAUCAAGCUUCCACAUCAACGAGACAAGGCGUUUUACCUGGAAAGCCGGAACCAAAUCCCAAAGAAUAUGUCAAUGCCAUAACUUUGAGGAGUGGCAAAGAACUACAAAGGCCCGAGCCUAAGCAAAAGCUCAUUGAGGACAAUGAGCAGAUCGGUGGGGAGGCAGCCUCAAAGGAUGAGCAAGAGGAUGCGGUUUCAAAGGAAGAAACGGUUAAAGACAAGGCUAAAGAGGUGGAAAAGAUAUCUUUUCCAGGGCAAUUCAAGAAACAGAUUUUAGACAGGGCAAAAGCAGUGUUUGAAAAUCACUUAGAGAAUACUCAGAUGACUUUGCCGAUCAUAGAUGCUUUUCUAGCUAUACCACAGCUUGGAAAGUUUCUAAAGGACGCAAUUCUUAACAAGACCAAGGAGCUUCAAGGGAUGUUUUCAAGCUGCCUGUGUGACUUGGGAGCUUCUGUGAGCUUAAUGCCUUAUUCAGUUGCUAAAAGGCUUGGGUUUAAGAGCUACAAACCAGCAAGAAUCUCUCUUGUUCUUGCGGAUCGAUCAGUGAGGCUACCAAUCGGUCUACUUGAAGAUCUGCCCUUGAGGAUUGGAGAGAUACAGAUCCCCACAGACUUUAUAGUCUUAGAAAUGGAUGAAGAGUCGAUUGAUCCCAUCAUCUUAGGGAGACCCUUUUUGGCAACAGCAGAAGCGAUCAUCGAUGUCAGAGGAGGCGUGAUCGAGCUGCACAUUGGGUCUGAGGCCAUGGAGUUUGAUGUGAAGGAAAUGAUGAAGAAACCGACCAUUGGAGGUCAGGUCUUUUACAUCGAAACCAUGGAGGAGCUUGCUGAUGAGCUCCUUGAGGAAUUAAAUGCAGAGGACCCUCUCCAAGUGGUCUUGACAAGGGAUCAAAGCGAGCACGUGUAUUUGAAUGAAGAGAGCGAGGUUUACAAGCGGUUCUUGGAUCAGCCGAGGGAACUUGAAGCUGAGACAAGAUUCUUGGAGCUUGAACAGAGCGGUCUUGAGGUUUUGGACAUCAGAGGGUCCAAUACAAGAGGGGAGACACCUCGGGGUUGCAUGGCCACAGCAUCACAAGCUGAGGGCAGUGGAAGACUGCGAGAGCAAACCAAUGCCGAGGGAUCUGCCGAUCAAUAA